UUUGAACUGUUGCUAACAUGCUGUGGAAUGAAUUAGGUCUUUGAGUAUAUAUUUUUGUGAUCGGUCGUUUGUUUCCCCACAGACUUUCCUCCAUUUGGACCCUGCAGCUGAGAACUCAAGAGCGUUCGGGUGCAGCCAUGGCUCUGAAGGAACUCCUUCUCGCCCUGCUGCUUCUGUGUUCGAUCCUCUUCCUGGUCUCCUUGGUGGACGGGAACCAACACAAUUAUGAGACAUUCCUGAGGCAACACGUCGACCCGAGGCGGAUGUCAACCAACCCCAGUUCCUACUGUCAGUGGAAGAUGAGAGUGCAGGGCCUGACGAGUUCCUCCUGUAAGAAAAGAAACGCCUUCAUCCAUGCCAGGCCCAGCCACCUCAAACUCGUCUGUGGUGCUGGAGGAAUGAACAUGAACCGCACCAUUUCAGAUAGCCAGGCCGACUUCACCGUGACUAACUGUUAUUCCAAGGGGGGGUCCCCACCAAGACGCUGCAGAGAUACAGAGGCAGAACUGAGCGGCGGAGGAUCCGCGUGAUCUGCUUCAGAGGGGUCCCCGUGCGUUUAGUAGGAGUUCACACUGUCUGAGACCGGCAUUAUACCUGCAGACAAGUUUUUCAUUUAAAGUAGGGUUGCAGAGUAGUGGAAACAUUGUGGGGCGGCAGCAUCCCAGGGGAAACGUUAAAAAGGAAACAAGUUCUUAUCAUCAAAUUCCUGGUGGUUCCUAGACCUCCCUGACAGUGACAAAGGGUAGUUCUAGGAAUUGCCAGGAAGCGUAUGAUGAAACUGUUCGCUCUUGCCAUAGAGUUCCCAGUAAUCCCUAAAGCUAUCCUUUUGUCGCUUUCAGGUAUCUCUAGGAAUUGUCAGGAACUCUAUGGUAAGACAUUCCUGUAUGUAGAUGAGGCCUUAUUUUUCUUUUUAGUUUUUCUUUUGCUGUCACUCUGAUGGGGGGUGGGACACACAAGAAAUCGGGUUGAGAGAUUCUGCCACCCCCUCUUGGGGCUUGGUAGCCCUAAUCUAAAUAGAGUUGUGUGGCCUACACAAGCAGCAGAAUGUGACGGAAUACCCCUCGGAGACGGUUAUAUUUUUAGUACUCCUUUGUGAGGCAAAUAUGUCCCUGGG